AUGGCGCGAGUUUACGCCGAUGUGAACACGCAUAUGCCCCGGGCCUACUGGGAUUACGAUAGCGUAAACAUAUCCUGGGGCGCGUUGGAAAACUACGAGGUUGUUCGCAAGAUUGGCCGAGGGAAAUACUCCGAAGUCUUCGAAGGUAUCAACGUGGUAAACUAUCAAAAAUGCGUUAUCAAGGUUUUGAAGCCAGUCAAGAAGAAGAAGAUCAAGCGUGAAAUCAAAAUUCUUCAAAACCUUUCAGGUGGACCGAAUGUUGUCGCGCUUCUCGAUGUUGUCCGUGAUAAUCAAAGCAAAACCCCAAGUCUCGUCUUUGAGUAUAUCAAUAAUACCGACUUCCGCACGCUCUAUCCUCGCUUCGUUGACUAUGACGUCCGCUACUAUAUCUUCGAGCUCCUCAAGGCCCUUGACUUUUGCCAUAGCAAGGGCAUCAUGCAUCGGGAUGUCAAGCCUCAUAAUGUCAUGAUUGACCACGAGAAACGCAAGCUACGCUUAAUCGAUUGGGGUUUGGCAGAAUUCUAUCACAAGGGUACAGAAUACAACGUGCGAGUCGCAUCGCGUUACUUCAAGGGUCCCGAGCUUCUUGUUGAUUUCCAAGAAUACGACUACUCCCUGGAUAUGUGGUCCCUGGGAGCGAUGUUUGCCUCCAUGAUCUUCCGCAAGGAGCCUUUCUUCCAUGGCAUAAGCAAUUCCGACCAGCUAGUCAAGAUCGCCAAAGUACUAGGUACCGAAGAGCUCUUCGAAUAUCUCGACAAGUACGACAUUGAACUAGACUCUCAAUACGAUGAUGUUCUGUCGCGUUAUCCCAAGAAGCCAUGGCACUCAUUUGUCAAUGCUGAGAACCAAAGAUUUGUUAGCAAUGAGGCCAUUGAUUUCCUGGAUAAAUUACUCAAAUACGACCACGCGGAACGUCUCACGGCACAAGAAGCAAUGGCUCACCCAUACUUCGCACCAGUUCGGGCAGCUCAAGCAGGACAGAACAAUGCUAGUGCCCCGCAUUCCUAG